AAAAUUUGUCCAUCGCCGGGAUGAAAUCAAGCAGCAAAAAACCUGCCUAGUAGCUUUUAGCAAGGAUGUGAUCUAAAGGAUAUUAAAGCAAGCAAAUUCAAAGUACACCGAUAUGUAUAGGGUACAACAUAGCUAUCUACAAAGCAUGAAAUUCGAAAUACCUUUGUAAAGCACAAUAUUUGCCAACAUGGAUAGCAUUGGAACCGGGCCUACAUUACCUUUCUCGCAGCCAAGCUCUUAUCACCCAAGAACACACUCGCGAUCUGCAUCGUGGUCUCAUACAAGUGGAGCAACAACUUCCAUACCUCUUCUUUCACCAAUAAGAGUUAUUCAGGAACUUGUGCCAAGUUUUACAAAUAGCGGCAGGCAGAAUGAAAUCGAAAGUGGUUUAACAUCUCGAAAUGGUCCAAGAUAUAGAUCUGAAAACACUGGGCAGUUAUCCCGGCAAGCAUCUGCAAUUGACAUAGAAGCAGGAGAAAGUCAGCCAAAUCCUCAAGGGAGGUCCUCUGGAAAUGGGAACCGCGCAACCGGGGACAGAGUUGAAUUUUAUGGUGCUAUAACCUGGGCAGAAAACAUCCUACCCUUCAUUCUACUUUUAUGUAGUCGGAUUAUGUGGGACCAUAGAUUAGGUAUCUUGGUUUUUAUAGGGAUGUUUGGUGCAUUUUUUCAUGCAAAUAAUACAAUUAGGAGACAGGUAGCGCUGAAGGAAAGGCGAAUGCACAGAAUAUCAUUAUGGACAUUCACAUUUUUGACUGGAAACAUUAUAUUUGUUUAUUAUGUUUUCCAUCGGCAAAGACUGGAGAUGUGUUUACUUUUUCAAAAGCCAAAUUUUCUUAGAAUGGAUGUAUGGACAGUGUUUUGGUGUGUUGGAAUCACAGAUUUUGUCAUUAUGUUUGCUACAAUGGCCUUAAAGUCCAUUCUUAUACUUCUGCCACGAAGUAUUGUUCCUUUUAGAAAAAGGGGUAAAAUAUUUCUGGUCGUGGAACAAUUAUCACAGCUGUAUCGCACACUAACACCCUUUCCACAGUGGCUGUUUUUCUUUACUGAUUACAAUCUUGGAGGAGAAUAUUUUGCUACUGUUUCAUCAAUAUUAUAUCUUUUAUUAAAGGGUCAGAUGGGGCUGAAAAAAGUUAAAGAAGUGGUAGCUGCAAUAAGAACAUGCAGAAAAGAAGCAAGGUAUGGACAGAUGCCAUCUCAAUCACAAAUUUUGGAAGCUGGGAAUUCUUGCCCAAUUUGCCAAGAAGAGCUUGCCAACCCAGUUGCUCUUCGAAUUUGCAAGCACAUUUUCUGCGAAGACUGCAUUGCUGUAUGGUUCGACAGGGAAAGAACAUGCCCAAUGUGUAGGGCCAAUGUCGCUGAAGAUCCAACAUGGAAAGAUGGCAGUACUUCCCUUUCAAUGCCGUUGUUUUGAAAUUUUGUGUUUCAUUUGUAAAAGAUAAGAAUGGGAAUGAUUGCUAUGGUGACAACACAGUCGAUAAAUGGUGCUAAACUAUAUGGAAUGACUUAAACCCAGUUUCUUUCCAUCAUCCUUAUAUUAGAUAUUGACAUUUUUUCAUUCAGUAAAUUAUCAUCGCCACAUAAACCACAGGCUAAUUUUUACCUUGCAAAUUGUCUAUAUAAAGGAGAGCAACCAGAUUUUUAUAUUUUGGCUUACGGAGGAUUCAAUCUAGAUUGCAUGAUAACCAACAAAUAGACGAGAUAGAUCAUCCGAAAUAUAACCAGAAGCUGCUGCAGUAAUACAACCAACAAAGUAAUAAGAAUAAUAUUUAUUCAUACCAUUGACAUUAAGCAAAGUAGCGUUCAUGGAAUCCUUCUAUAGAUCAAGCCCUUAUUUCGCUAGUCUCAGCCCAGCUUUUUUAAGCUAUCAUGUCACGAGGAUUGAAAUAUUGCAAUUUAUAGCGCAUUGUAUGAUCCUUGUUGUAAGAUUGAAACGUCUGGUGCCCUUUUGCGUAUGUAGUCUUUUUCUAUAUUUGUCCUCGUAUGGAAGUUAUCAAAAUAGGCGUUUGGUAAUUUGACUUUCUUUUGCAAAUUUGUUAUAUUAUAAAAUUGUCCCUGUACAUACGCUAGUACUAGAAAAUGCGAACGAGCAACAUUUAUGUUCUAAAUAGUACAGAUAUUAGGAUUCAUAAAUUGUUGCUAAUAAGAUUCUUUCUCUAGUAAGAUAUUGUAAUAAAAAUUUCUUAGAUGCAGUGUUUUGUGUUAUUAAGCAUCGUGUGUAAUUACGUCACGAUCAUAGUUGUUAUUACCACACAUUUGAAAUGUUAAUACCGUAUUCUCUCUAACGAGCGCCAGGAACCUUUUUAAAUACACAUAAAAAGUUCUUAUUUACAAAAAUUAAUAUUCCAUACGAAUAUCACUGGAUAUAGGCGUAAUAUUUAUACGAUGUCAAUUCUUUCAAAGUCCUUACCCUCAUCGAUUUGCAUAUAUACUGGACUGCCAACUGAAACAAGCUAGGUUUUAUUAAAUUUGUUUUAGCUGAAGACUGUUGUGAGGAUAUGCUUGUCUCCAUUUAUCUUUUAUAAUAUUUGGGGGGGGGUGAUCAUAGGAGAGGGGGCGUUAAUUAGAGAGAAUACAGUAACAGAGUAUACGGAAACAAGUAAGCACGUGAGAUAAUUUCUAUAUGAAUAAGAUAAGUAAGCAAUCUGGCGAAAAAAGAAUGGUCUAUUCAUGAUCUCAUAUUUCGUUGAUUUUUUUAGAGCAAAAUGUAUGCUCUUUUGAGACUCUAAAGCAAGAUUUGACACACAACUGAUCGUUUUCGUCAGGUAAGCAUUACACUCUGAAAAUUCGGUGGGAAGAAAUUUCUCAGAAAUUUGCAAAGUAAAUUUUCGUGGAUUAAUAAUUACGAGAAAAGUGGUCUCAACAUUUCUCCCACAACAUUGCUGAUAACAUCAGCUGAAUAUUGUCUUAUACAUUAAUUGUUUUCUGAAUAAGAAUUUGGAAUAAAAUUAUUCUUUCCACGAGAUUUUACUUGCAAUUACAAUAUUAUGUGACUUAAUAUAAAAAAAGAAAAAACAUAAAAAAUAAUAAACAAUAAAGAAAAACAUAAAAUAUUGAAUAAUGAUGUUGCAAAUGGACCUCAAAAGUGGGGGGGGGGCUGAAAAGGGCUUGCCCAAAAAUUUCCGAAGCCCUUGAGAACGUCGAAAGACAAACCCUUUUGAACAAUACUUGAUUUUGUUAUUUAUAAACUGUCCGAUUCAGAUAAGAUGUUAUUUAUAAACUGUAAAUUACUAUAAUGAUGAAUACAAUUAGCUUAAGGGCCAUUAAACACAAGGCUAACCAAGUUGGAAAAGAUAACAUUUCAUUAAACAAGAUAAAACACAAGGAAAAUAAAAAAAGGGUUCACGGUCAAGAAGACUUGGUACUACGUUGGAUCCGUAAGAGUAAACUUUCCAAAGUUGCGUGAGAGUAACCUUUACAAACAUUUUCUAGCCUAUUUGUGCACAAAAGUGGAGGGGGGAGGGGGGAAGACCAAUGGCUGCGCAGUGCCUGCCUCAGAUUAAAACUGAAAUAACAGACAACAUAUCCGAACUACAAGACAAGAAUAGCUGAACUAUACAACAAGAUGUCGGACACGAAGUAGAUCGUUCUUUGGUCAUUCAAAUGGCUCUUUGUUUGAAAACUCCUCGACCAUACUCCACUCCACUUCAUUCCACCGAUUUAUCCGGACUAUUCAUGUACUAAUUGAUUGAACAGCUCGGAAAGCAGUUACGGGUUCAGAGAGAGGAACCAAUUGACAUGGGAAGUAUCUAGGGGUCGACGGAUAGUUUAUGCUAGAACGAAUAGCAUAAAAAUCAUAAACGCAAGAUAGAGCGUGAAAUGUCUGAUAUUCGUAGACUUUAAACAUUUUACCACGAAAACACCUUAGUCCAAGUCUAUAGAACACUUGUACAAAGCCAUCUACGAUAAUGAAUCAUGGACCUGCAUGUCAUGGACCUGCCUGUCUAGAUAGAAAUACACCUUCCACAGUUUCUUCAGGACAGGGCUCGCGCACUGGUUGAAAGCUCCAGGUCGAAGGACGGUUAGGUGUGCUAUUGGCUCUCUCUCGCUAACCUCAAUGACUUAUAAGAUAAAGCAAAACAUGUUACAACUACGUCCAGACAUGAUACUGAUACCCUUAGAAAAACUGCAACUUUCAAGAAAUAGUUUUCUCUAUUCAAGUGCGAAAUUGUAGAAUGAGAUACAUUUACAUUCAAUGAUACCAAACUUUUUUUAAUCUAAAGGGAUCCCUAGUAUUAUUUCUGUGUUACAUAAGAGUUGCAGAGUGAUGAAAUCACGAAAAUUUAUAUUUUAAAGAAUUUUAGAAUUCUGACCCAAUUUCCUGAAAGAACCAAUGAGACCCGAGACAACCCGGGGGCCUGGGUACUAGUGGAGUUGGGUCGUCUUGAAACGCGGAAAAGCACGGGCUCUUUCUAUAUAAAACCAAUAUAAUUAGCACUGACCAUAUGUCAGUCAAUUUUGAACAGAUUCAACUGCUUUUACAAAUUUAGAGAUAUUUCGUUGUACUCUUUCGGGUUAUGGAGUCAUAAUUCGACAAUUCUAAAAAUAUAUUUUUGAUGACGUCGCACUCUGCCACACUAUACCAUUCACUCUGAAGCACGAUCAUUUAAUUAGCAUUUUAGAUUUUGUGUAAUUUUCACAUUUUUCUAGGUUCGUUCAACAGAUUGCAAAAUUAAUCAUUUGACUUAGAAUUGUGCAUAAAUCCAGAAAAACCUAUAAUAAAAUCAGAGACAACGAAAAGAAUCUGUCAGCCGGUCAAAUUAGCUAAGAUUUUAAUAACCUACAAAGAAUCAAUAGAAUCAAGGACUGAAAGGGUUUGUUAACCGAAAUUCUUUUGUUUUCCAUGGCCUUCCUAAACGAAACAUUUUUCAAAUCUACCUGAAUCAAUUAACUAAAUCUUAUCUGUGAAAUUUGGAUUUUUGAAACAAAACUUACAAAUGAAGGUGCUUUUAUAUUCGAAGGAAUUGGCAUAUGUCAGAGAGUACUCACGUUUAAGACAUAAACCAGAAAGGAUUCAAAAUGGUUGUCUGGCCAAUUUUAAAAAUAUUAUAUUUAUUUUUAACAAACAAAUCAUACUUUUAAACUAACUCGUAAUUUUCUCGUUGCAUCAUCCUCACGCAACUAAACUAUAGCUUUUGCAACGAAAUAGUUUGGAUUAUGUCUUAUCCACCCCCUUUGAUGUAACCAGAUAUCGAAUCAUGUAUGCAAACAUACGGUUAGAGUAUCGGAAAACUUUUACACAUUGCAUACAUGUUUUCAAUUCAAUAGGCCAAAAUAUGAUUUACAGGCAAAAUGGACCGUCCCUCUGAGAUUUGAGGAGAUUAAGAAUAAUGCCAACAGGAGCCUGGAAAUGUAAACAUGAAAUUCCCUUGUUUUUAACGACAAGCACUCUAGUUGAUGGCCUCUUAUUGGAAGUCCUCUCAAAUUCUUUAUUAUCACGUUUUCAGCCAAGAUUUUGAUUCAAAUCGAGAAAUUGGCGGUACCGAAGUCUUUAUAAAUAAAUUUCAAUUUUUCUCUCUUCUAAACAGAAAAUUUGGCAAGCGGCGAUUGUCCUGAAAAAACAUGACCGUCAAAAAACAUUGUACAAACCUGAUUCUAGAUUGAUUUUCUGGAGUCACACCCAGAAUUAGAUUUUUGCAAGAAGGAUAUAGAAUUUAUCAUAAUCUUGUUAAUCUCAUUAUAUAUUACCUAAAGGAAGUGGCGAAAUCACAAAGCAAAAUGGGAUAAAAAUUGUUAUGGAAUGAAUACAUGACACGCAGAGGUUUACUGCAGCCAGUAGGGUUGUAUUAAAAGUAACAAAAAAACUCGAAUCUGAACAAAGGAAGUUAUUGAUGUCUAAAAUCAUCACCGAAGGCAUACUUUGGUCUGGGAGAAUAUCUCUGUAGGUUAAUUUGCAUGGCCACUCUUACAGAAAUUCAGCUGACGAGUCCUGGGAAGUUUGAAAAAUGCUUAUUUAAAUAACCACAACAAAAAAUUUCUAUGAAAUUUCUGGUAAUUAAGAAACAAGCUACAAACGUAUCACUUGAUGUUCGUUGACAGUGAAUGGUAAAGUAAGAUUCACAUUUCCAGAAUUCCUAGACGUGCAGAUAUAUCCAGUCAUGACAAAUAUUUGCAGUAUUUGUCUGUCUGUUUAUGUCUUAGCAAUUAUUUCCUUGCUAAUCUUCCCCGGCAAGAAAUACUCUUAGAAAUUUACGUGGCUUUACUUUAAUGUGACCACGCAGUUGCUAGGUAACUGUGCCAGAGGGCAAUUAUAAAAGCAAGUCAGCAGUUGCUCAUUUCAGCUUUAAGCUAGUCCAUAAAAGACGCCACUUGAUCAGCUCGCAAUCAUUUCACUAGAGGAUCGGUUUGUCCAAGCCGGAACGACGGUCAGUUGAAGAUGACGCUCGUUCUGCAAAAAUCGCUUGUUAUUUUGAUGUCUUGCGCUUUGCUUUUCCUGUUCAAUACAUCAUUUGGAGCAAGGAGACGAAGCAAUUUUCGUCGCCCACAAACAUCGUGCAGAUUUUUGAGGCAUGUUUACAAGCAUCUUUGGUACGCACCGCAGUGUGAGGAAGAUGAUAGCGUAAAAAACCCACUGUGUUACAGCAUUGCCGGUAAAUUAAGAGUAUGCUGCUGCACCCACAAGUACCCGAUCGUUAAAAAAGGCAUCAGAUGGUUAGGCAACUGCACGAGGUAUCCUAGGGAUUCGAUGGCGAUGCCACAUUGUGAAGGGCCAAGGAUGGUGAGUAAAUACGGAAGCAAAUGGAAUUGAUGGAAGCAUCAACGAUGAUAAAAAAUUUGUGGCAGACAUCGCAAAAUGUAUAUAAUGAAAUACGAGUAAUAUGUCUUCGAAGCAAAUCGACGCGGCUGAUAACUUAGAAAAUCCGACGUAGUAAUGUAACUAAAAUAUAAUGAAUAUAAAUGUAACUAAAAGAAAUCAUAUCAUGGUUGUACGUAAAAGUAAAUGAGCCUAUAGUUGUUACCAGCUAUUAGUAUGUAUCAGAAUUUUAAAAUUCGUCAUUGCUUUAUUUUUUGCUAUUGACAUCUAACAAAAUUAGUCAAUUUGAAUUAAUAUAAAUAUUAAAUUGAAAUCUGAUUGUGGAGAGUCCAUCUUUCUUUUUCUCACAAACGGAGGGUGUGUUUAAUAAUCAACGGUUUCGAAAUACUGUUUAAAACGCGCAAUCGGGGAGGGGAAGGGAAUAAAAAGAAAGGUUCGGAAAUAGAAAACAUUUGUUUUUGUGGUACAGUAGUAGUGUAACUGUAAACAUUUCGAAUAAUCAUUCGUUUUCAAGAACCAAUGUGAGUACUUGCAUUUUAAUUAUUUGCUUUCAACUGGUGCCCGAAUAAACUGAACUGCACAGACAUUCCGUUAUUAUGAAAAACUUCGUACACAUUUUGCAAAGAACUUUAUCCACCGCUUCAGGCUUGACACGUUGUCAAGUGAUCAUAUUUGAAAAUGUUUGUACAGCAUUGAAUUUUUCAUAAAACGUUUUGUGAUAAUUAAUGGAGAGGACUAUCAUUCGAACAAAGUGUACCUUCUAAAACUGAUUAGAAGGGACCAAUAAAACUGCUGCAGCGUUGGGUAAAAAAUCAAAUUCAAAAAGCAAAGGAAGAAAAUUAUUCAGUACUGCAGAGAGGAUCAACUUGGCAAGACUAUACAGUGGUAGAUUUGCUUAACUGGCCGAAAGUAAACAUAGAAAACAGCAUCUCGGUGCUACUUUACUUGUGUGUUACAAACUCAACAAUAAACCACCAUUAAGUGGCUGGUCUUAUUCAAGAAAUAUUCUGCAGUGUGAUGAAUGAAGAAAAGAAAAUGAAAAUUUCCAGAGAGAGGAUUAAAAUAGCUUUAAUAGCCAUGAGGACUGAAAGAAGGAGUGUUCAAAUUGACCCAUCACCGACCUUAAAUUUCCAAUAUUGUUUUAGAGUUAAAGUAAGAAACGAAUCACUUUCUUCAAAGAUGGUUUUUUAGUACGUAUUUUUAGUACUCUUCAAGUUAAAAAAGCCCUCCAGUUAAAAAAUAUUUGACCAAUGAUGUUAAAAAUAAUUCACGAUUGUAGCACCGCAAAUCAUAAAGCAAGAUAAUAAUUUACGUAAGAAAAAAUGUCACCUAGAACAAAAUUACUGUCUUAGGCUUCUUAUGAUAAAAAAGAUGCAGAAUAACCACAAAAUAUACAUACUUGAUUCAAUUUGUUAUUGUUUACAGCACGCUCAUAAGAUGCAAAGACAAUUCGUUAGUUCAGGCCUAAUGAUUUUUGGAAACUUGUACCAUCACCUCGUGUUGCUUGCUGUAUCAAAACAAAAAUAUAUAAACGAGGGUCUCUCUUUCCAUCUUUUAUGAGUUAUAUGUUUCCGUUUAAAUUGCUUGCAUGUAUGGAUAUUUAAUAAAAAAGUUCAACGAAGCAAGUUUAUUUUCGUUGAUUUUAACUCUAAGUUAAAUAAAUUAAAGUAAAAAGCAAACUUACAUACCAAAAUGUUUUUAUAUUACUGUAAAUUAUAGUGCUUAUAAUGCACAAUAAUUGAAAUUCAAAACAAUAUGCAAAUUCGCGCAAUACUCCAAACGAAAAAAAAUCACUAUUUAAUUGAAGGCAGUUUGUCGUAUCUGAGUUUGCCUAAUUUGAACAAGGAGGCGUCUAUCGUCGUCUCUCAUUAACUACAGCUGCUAAUUGUUCAUUAAGGUUAACCAACCUGCAUUUUAUUACGGUGAAAAUGAAUUUAGCACAAUGGAGAACGGACAGACAUGACCUUUGCUGGAACGACUACAAAAUGUGAUAAGAAGUGGAAAAAAUGAUUUUCAGUCUAAGAUCCGGUGGCUUUCGUGGUCUAAGAAAAGAAAAGGAUGAUGAUUCUGACCUUAUUAAUUUCUUUGUGGCGUGAAUAUGAAACACAUUCUUCCAAGAUUUCUCCAUCCCCUUUUACCAAUCUGUAAAGAUAAUGUUCAUGGUUUUGACAUUAAAAUGUUUACUGUUAAGCUUGAAGGAAAAAAUUAAGUGCUUAGCAAAUGAACCAAAGAUGGGUCACUAAAGGCCGGUCGCAUGAAAACGUUCAGCCCGUGUAAAGUUCAACAUGGACUGAGUUUCAACUAGGUUGAAGGUAGAAGCCUAUGAAGUAUUUACAAGGUAAGAGAUUAACCCGGUCUGAACUCAACACGUGAUUCAAACCCAGUCGUCAACCUGACAUGUCAAUGCUGAAUCUUGGGAGUCGUCAGUAAAUAGGAAAGAUCCAGAACAUGUCAAAUUAUUUAUGCUGCGAGGCGGAAGGCCAAAUCGUUUCAAAAUGAACUAUUUCACAGUAUUCACAGUAUUAACAUGUAUGCUGAAACGUCUUCGAAAUAAUUGCAGAUAUAGAGAAGGAGAACAUAGCAAUAUAUGGACAGACUUAUAUGGAUACAUCAAAGGUCUUCGAAUACAGAAUUCAACUACUAAUAAAAGAUUGAUAAAAACAAAGAAAUGAAAAAACAUCAAAACAAAGAAAUGAAUACUCAUUUCUCUUAAAAAAUUUAAGGGAAAAACUACACUUAUGACAACGAAGUAUAAGAAUGAGAGAUGAAAAGGAAAUUGAACAAUUAAAUACUGGUAUAUUCUGUGGCCCGUACUGAGUUUUUUAAUAAUUUGGUUCUUGAGCAAUAACUAUGGAUUGCCAAACCCGCCGGCUAAAAUCCCUAUCAUUCAUUAUUGGGCAUACUUUCUCAUUAUUAUAAGCAGACCUUUAUCUUACAAAGCUUAACAGAACAAGUGAAAUACAGAGAAAUAUUUACAUGACUAUCUUUGCAUGUCAACUACAAGUUUCAUGUUUAAUGUCAAAAAGAAUGAGAAAUCUGAAAUAUGCUUUAUUGAGUUAUUUCAUUUGAAAGGACAAAUCUGAAAUAUACUUUAUUGAGAUAUUUUGCUGAUCCUUAAAACUGGAACAUGAAUCUCACAUUUUUGCAGCUCUAUCCUUGAACAUUUUUCCUUCCCUUAAAUAUCUGAUUUAUCAGUUGUUUGAUAGAAAAAGUGUGCUCAAUAGAUUCAGGAGAUGUUUACCAGUUGAUUAUACCUAAUUCAGAAUUUUUGCUCAUCUGAAGGAACCCGGCACCUGUUUAGUCCACUUAAACACAACAAUUAUUAAAUUGGUACUACUUAAGGCAACCAUGGCUUACCUCUGUCUGCCAGUCUCAGGAUCUGUGACCCUCCUUAUUACAGAUUGCUGCUUUUCAUACUCUUCUCUAGUCAUUGGUACCAUUGACCUGAAACCAAGGGAUAAUAUUUAUGUCAUACAAAUGUCAAUUAAUAUUAAACUACAUAAACAAAUACUUCAGAAGGGUCAAAGGAAAACACAUAGAGAUACAGG